AUGUCCCAGCUCCUAUUGAUUACUUUUCUUUCCGCUUUUACGCUCGCAACUUCCCUAAAAUGCUUUCAAUGCGGGUUUGGGUUGCGUGCGGACAUUCAAAAGUUCGGCUAUUUGUUCGGAGUCCAGAAUGUUUCGCCGUCGCUGCGAAUUGCCGCAAAUGGUGAGGAGGAGUGGUGCGGCAGUAAGGACACGGUACGACACAAUGAGAGCUUGGUGGACUGUCCGGCUGGCUGUGCGUUGUUCACGGUGUCCGAUGAGAUGACCUAUCUGGCUGGAUGCGCCAAUCCUGUUGGCGGGGAAAUGACCUUUGUAAGUUGGAUAUACACAGAUACAAUGGGAGACUUGUUCUUCCCAGUGGCAAAAAACGUACCAUUUUGCAUCCGGAAAGUAUCAAAAAUGUGGCAAAAUGCUUCCCUCUUCAAGUGAAAAACUCCGAUUUUAAAAGCGUGCCAGCCCUUUUUGUGAGGGCCCUUCAAAACUGAGUUUUUUAGUCGGAGAGGGAGGCAUUGUGCCACAUUUUUGAUGCUUCUCGGAUGCAAAAUGGUGCAUUUUUUGCCACUGGAUCAGGUCCCCUACUGUAGUAAAUUUCGUUAGUAUUUGUCGUAGGGCAAUUAGAAUGGAAAAUCGGCCAAAAUUUUGAACACGGCUGCCUCACAGAGGAGGGCCGCAUUUGCUGAAUCGACCAAAUUUUUUUGGCCAAAACUUGGCAAGAGAACGUAAUUGCCCACCAAAUCUCCAGCCCCGGCGAGCCGUCGCAAAACGACGAUGGGCAAUUCUAAGGCGCGAUAAAUCCAUAUUAUUUUCCCAGCAGACUAAAAAACCGCAAUUUUAAAAAUUCCACAUAUUAAAAAAUGAGCCUUUCAGAUUGAAGCCAAGGUCCUGGAACGCCGCCGCAACGAAUACACAUUCAUUAUCUGCACCACGAACGGCUGCAACGCCUCUCCAGGCAAGUUUUAGACGGGAUACUUCAACAAAAUUGCAGAGAUCGCCAUGGCUUCGAAGAAGAAUCCCAAAUACAAUGCUUUGAAAUACGAUGGAGGAUUCACCGAGACCCCGUAUCGAAAGGAAAAGGACCAAGAGCAGAAAACCGACAAUGACAGCGGUAACAACACCUCCGCCGCAUUCGGGGACUAUGUAAAUUUGCCUUUGUUCUCCGUCUUGUCCUACACUGUUAUUAAUAAUCUAUUGUAA